AUUUAAACUUUCUCUCGUGCAGACAGGCUAGAAGAAAGCAUGUUGUCAGUGACAGGCCGUAGACUGAGGGCAUGGCUGUCCCCUCACCAUCCAAUGAGUGCUGCACUGUGUACGAUAAAGACUCUGGCCACAGACCGGAUUUUACCAGACAUAAACGUCGUCAGUAAGGACACUGUUACCUGCACUCAUGUGUUCCGGCCGUGGGACUUUGAAAAUUACAAAUUAGAAAAAGUUCCUGUGGGGAAUAUCGCCAGGCAGAUGCCCAUGAUCUCGUCCCUGAUAGCACAUCGGUACUUCCUCCAGCCCCCUGAAGAAAGCAAAAAUGAGUCUGCUUUGAAACUGAUCUUAUUACGAGGUCAAAAGUAUGAGUUUCUGCCCGCAUAUUAUCGCCACCUGGCACCUGGCAAAAGAACUACACUUACUGAGAAGGUGUGCUCCCUUGGCAACACUUCUUGGGUGACCAUGGAAGAGAUCAGAGAUUACUCCACCAAUGAUCUGAUGGCUAGGUGCUUCAUUCAAGGAGUCAAUGUUGAUGCCACCACGCGCAAACCAGAGCCGUUCCCUGAUUGGUUGAAGGAGAGGUAUUCUUAUCUUGCAUCAUCGGUGCCACGCCCACCAACGGUUCAACCCUUUGAUGUACCCAAAAGCCCCGAGCUCUUCCGAUAUUCUGAAGUUGUGGCUCCGAGGGACACUGGCAUCUAUAACUACACCACCCUAUCAUCCUAUAUCUGGUACGGCAUGGACUGUGCAACUCUGGGAGCAAGAAGCAACGCAUAUUCUGUCAUCAGAGGAGACAUUGACAAGUAUGACCUGAAGAUGUUGGAGGUGUUUUACCAGAAAGAAUCAACAGAGGGCGACGUACUUGAUGUUGAAUCAUGGGAAGACCAAGACAGUCCUGACACACUGAGGUUCCAGAUUAAGAAGGGCGAUAAGAACAUCACACAGUUAACGAUGCAGUUUUACCUACCAACUGCUUAAGAUGUUAACAAGAAGGAUGAACGAAGUUUUUGGAGAUGUGGUGUAGCUUUCUUAGAAUUGUACUAAAUAAGUAACCUGCUCUGUUGUGUUGUGUUGUGUUGUGUUAUAUGCUUGUAAGGAUCCCCAUGCAAACCAUAUACUGUAUGUGAAAUACCUGACAUAUGAUGACCGUCAUUCUGUCCAAGACUUGUCAAUUACAAUAUGUAUUAAAAGUAUUUUAG